AUGGAGCAGCUACACAAGCCGCACCGCAAAUCCAAGGAGAGGAAGGAGAAGAAGGAGAAGAGCGCCGGAGAGCGCAAUCCCAAGGCUUUUGCCUUUGCGCGACCCGGAAAGCUCCAGCGGGCGGCUGCUCGGUCUUCAGAUAUUAAAGAAAGGCGUUUUCACGUUCCUCAAGUCGAUAGACUGCCAGAGGAGGCGCCUCCUCGCCUUGUCGCCCUCGUCGGCCCUCCUGGCGUGGGAAAGACGACCUUGCUCAAGUCUCUGAUCCGAAGAUACGCCAAAGAAACCAUCACCGACCCUCAAGGCCCCAUUACCGUCAUUACUUCGAAGAAGCAGCGUCUUACCUUUGUUGAGUGUCCCAAUGAGCUCGAGGCAAUGGUCGAUAUUGCCAAGGUGGCCGACAUUGUCCUGCUGCUCAUUGACGGCAACUACGGCUUCGAAAUGGAAACGAUGGAAUUUCUCAAUAUUCUCGCCGCCACCGGUAUGCCUGGCAAUGUCUUCGGUGUUCUGACACAUUUGGAUCUUUUCCGAAAGCCACAGGCGCUCAAGGAGGCCAAGAAGAGGCUCAAGAAGAGACUUUGGACAGAACUUUACCAAGGAGCCCACCUCUUCUUCUUGUCCGGUGUCAUGAACGGCCGCUAUCCUGACCGCGAAAUCCACAACCUUUCCCGCUUUCUUUCCGUAAUGAAGAACCCACGCCCUCUCAUCUGGCGCAACGCCCAUCCAUAUACGAUAAUCGACAGUUUCCGCGACAUCACCCAUCCUACCAAGAUUGAAGCCGAUCCGAAAUGCGACCGAUCCAUCGUUCUGUCCGGUUACCUCCGAGGCACAAAUUUCGCAGCUCAGAAUCAACGAGUGCAUAUCCCAGGUCUUGGCGAUUUUACCAUCGCCAACAUGGAAGUUCAGCCGGAUCCCUGCCCUACACCCGCCAUGGAACAGGCUCUUGCCAAGAUCACAGGCAAGACAGGUCGGAGACGACUAGACGAAAAAGAAAAGAGGCUACAUGCACCCAUGUCGGACCGCAGUGGCUUGAAGAUUGACGGCGACGCCAUCUGGAUCACGAAAGAAAACGGCUUCUCUUUUGAUAGGGAUGCUGAGGAUGGUGGUGAGCGUGGCGAAGGCGAAGAAAUGAUCAUCGGCCUUCAGGGCGAGCGUAGGCUCCUCGGCCAUACAGACGAGGGUCUGCAGCUCUUCCAAGGCGGGGAAACCCUCAAGGAUGUACCAGACGAGGAAGACACUGGUCGCAAAACUCAACGUAAAGCGCGACUGGCUGAGCGCGACGGCGAUGACGACCAAGACAUGGAGGUUGAUGGCUACGCUAGCGGUAGUGAUGAUGUGGCAUCCGAAGCUGAAUUCGACGAGGAGAAGCUGGGAAACGUGUUCCGCAAGGACGCGGAUAAGGAGAACGCCGAGGACGAUAUUGCGUUUGCCGACAGCGACUCCGACUUGGGUUCCAUGUCAGAGGCUGACGAGGAAGAAGAGGAAGACUACGACUCAGACGAGGAAGCCGCUGCGCUAAGGUGGAAGGAUGACCUGACUGGCAAGGCUUUCAAAAUGCAUGGUCGCAAGCGCUCUUACCACACCGGCGACUUGGCACGGUACAUGUACGAUACAUCUAUGACAGCCGAAGAGGCCCUGAAGCGAUGGAGGAACGAUGAAGAGGAAGAAAGGGAAGAGAACAUUGAAGAUGACGAUGACGAUUUUUUCAAGAAGACCUCGCAAGAAACAGAUGAUCUCGCAGAAGACCGCUACAUUCCGGAUUACGAUUACCAAGACCUGGCGACCAAGUGGGCGGAGGAGGAGCAUAUGGAGGCUCUGCGGCGCAAGUUCACAACAGCCGAUCUGAGCCGCCGCAACGGCGACGGCGACGACGGCGAAAGCUGGAACGGCGCCUCAGACGCCGAGGACAGCGAAGGCGACGGCCAGUUUGAAGAUCUCGAAGCCGGCGACGGCCAACCCGCGGCUGCGGCGCAGCCAACCGCCGAGGAUAUCGAGGCGGAGCGCGAGAAGAACGCGCGCCGCAAGGAGGAGCUCCGACAGCGGUUCGAGGAGGAGGAUCGCGACGGCUUCCUCAACGACAAGGCCAACGCGCGUCGCGAGGGCGGCGACGACGCGCAAGAAUUCGGCGAGGACGACUGGUACGACGCGCAAAAGGCGCAGAUCCAGACGCAGCUCGACAUCAACAAGGAGUCGUACGCGGAGCUGGACGAGCGGCAGCGGACGGCCGUCGAGGGCUUCCGCGCGGGCCGGUACGCCAAGCUCGUGCUCGAGGGGGUGCCGUCCGAGUUUGUCGCGCGCUUCGACGCGCGGACGCCCGUCAUCGUCGGCGGCCUCACGCCGACCGAGGACCGCUGGGGCUACGUGCAGGUGCGCAUCAAGCGGCACCGGUGGCACCGCAAGAUCCUCAAGACCAACGACCCGCUCAUCUUCUCGCUCGGCUGGCGCCGCUUCCAGACGCUGCCCGUCUACUCCAUCUCGGACUCGCGCACGCGCAACCGCAUGCUCAAGUACACGCCCGAGCACAUGCACUGCUUCGGCACAAUCUACGCGCCCCUCAUCGCGCCCAACAGCGGCUUCGUCUGCUUCAACUCUCUGGCCGCUGGCACGCCAGGCUUCCGCAUCGCCGCCACCGGCACCGUGCUGUCCGUCGACGAGUCGACCGAGAUUGUCAAGAAGCUCAAGCUCACCGGCACGCCGUACAAGAUUUUCAAAAACACCGCCUUCAUCAAGGACAUGUUUACCACGUCGUUAGAAAUCGCCAAGUUUGAGGGCGCCGCCAUCAAGACCGUCUCCGGCGUCCGCGGCCAGAUCAAGCGCGCCCUAUCGAAGCCCGACGGCCACUUCCGCGCCACCUUUGAGGACAAGAUCCUCCUCAGCGACAUCGUCUUCCUCCGCGCGUGGUACCCCGUCAAGCCGCGCCGCUUCUGCAACCCCGUCACCAACCUCAUCGGCUGGCAGCCCAUGCGCCUGACCGGCGAGGUCCGGCGCGACCAGGGGCUGACGGCGCCGCAGCAGAAGAACAGCCAGUACCGCCCCAUUGAGCGCCAGGACCGCCACUUCAACGCCCUCAAGGUGCCCCGCGCCCUCGCCGCCUCGCUGCCCUACAAGUCGAAAAUCACCGUGACCAAGCCGCAGAAGAAGAAGACGUACAUGCAGAAGCGCGCCGUCGUGGCGACCGCGGGAGCGGAGGAAAAAAAGGCGCGCGCGCUCUUGCAGCAGCUGCUCACGGUGCGCAAGGACGUCGCCGCCAAGCGUCGCACGAAAAAGGAGGAGACGCGCGCCGUGUUCAAGAAGAAGAUGGCCGACAAUGUCGCCAAGAAGGAGGCCAGGGAGAAGCGCGAGACAAAGGAGUUUUGGCGCAAAAAUGGCCGCAAGAGGGCCGCCGGCGACGAGGGCGGUGGUGGCGGGGGCGGCAAGCGUGGCAGAAAGUAG